GUUCAAGGUCAUUCCGUGGUAGCUAUCCGUUACAUUAUAAGAACCUCUUGAUUAAUUUUGAAACUUUAUGCUUAGAAAGAAGAAACAUCCAUAAGUUUACUCAAUAAUUAUUAUUAUAAUUAACAUAUCUGCGUCGAAAGCGUAGCCAAGCAUUGUUGAAUUCGGUCAAAGUUACAGGCUAGAAUAGGUUGGCGGUGGUUGCAAAAUGUUUGGGAUGGAUUUAGAUGACGGGAAGUCUGCACUAUCUUUCAUAUGCCCGAGAGUACCGUCUCUUGGCACGGUAAACGGAUUUCGGCUUUCCACCAUAAAUUGCAAUCUACUGGCGGACUUCGAAUCAUGUUCUCGUGGUCCUUCGAUUUCACCUCACAGUCAACCCAUGAAAGUUUUUUUGAGAAUAAGACCUUACGCAUGCGCCAAAGACUCAUCUGAAAAAACUAUAUUAUCUUGCCCUGAUUCUUAUACAGUUGUUGCAUAUCCUCCGGAAGCAGAUUUUCGGAAGAACCAAGUCCGUAACUUUCAAAAAAGUGCCAAUAAGUUCACUUUCAACGGCAUAUUUCAUGAAUCUACGACUCAGAAAAAAGUUUUCGAAAAGGUAGCAGCAGAUAAAAUCCGCUCAUUCAUCGAUGGUUUGAAUGGUCUCAUUUUCGCCUAUGGAACUACUAGCUCUGGCAAAACACAUACUCUACAAGGAUCUCGGAGUGAUGCUGGUAUUGUACCACGAUCCUUACAAGCAAUAUUUACUCUUGUGAAGCACAAAAGCGAUCCAUUUCUUAUGCCGAAAGACUUUUCAGAUGUAAUUAGUUUGAGCGAAGAAAAGGUACAGGAGAUUUUAACGGAGAAGUCUAAUCUGCUGAAAUACUCCGAAGGCAUUUUUGAGUCGACUCCACUUACUGGUAGUGAAAAUGAACCAAGCUGUUUAGAUGAAACUUUCACAGACAUGAGGUGUUCAAGUGAUAUCCGUUACAGUUUCUGGAUUAGUUUUGUGGAGAUUUACAAUGAAACGUUUUACGAUCUUCUAGACUCUGUCCAGUGCUCUAAUAUGUUUUCUAGUCAAUCUAAUGGUACUACAGGCCAGAGGACAGCUCAGAACCAACAAAAUUUCCGGAAUAUAUUCAAUGUGAACAAUAACGCAUCACAUACAACAAAUUUUACAAGCCAACCACGAAGAAAACCACUGGAAUUAAGAACGGAUAAAAACGGAAAUAUUUUCGUAAAAGGUAUGAAAUGGUACCCUAUCGGUUCACCUGAAGAGGCUUUACGACUUGUAGCAGUUGGUCGUCAGUGUCAAAAAGUCGCUUCAACUCGUUUAAAUCAAGCCAGCUCAAGAUCGCAUAGUAUUUUAUCAAUAAAGGCUGUAAAAGUAGUAGAUAAAAACAAUCCAAAUUUUGCACGAGUUAGCACACUGAUGUUUUGUGAUUUGGCGGGGAGUGAACGAUCUGUAAAAGCGGCUACAGGUGGUCAAACAAUGCGUAUGCGUGAGGCUGGAAAUAUCAAUUCAAGUCUGUUAACAUUAGGAAGGUGUAUUGAAUGCCUACGAUAUAAUCAACUGCAUCCAGAUAAUCCAAAACUAGUGCCCUAUCGAGAUUCAAAACUUACACGUCUGUUUCAAGGCUUUUUCACUGGUCAGGGUAGAGCAUGCAUGAUAGUGAAUGCAUCACCGAAUCCAGAAUUAUACGAUGAAACUUUGCAUGCUCUACGCUUUGCUGCUAUAGCUAGACAAGUGAUCGUUGAAGCAAAUCCUAUAGCAGAAACUGUUGUUUUGCAUACAAAUAAUAAAAGUGAAGUGAAGCCAAACCUUCAUCAAGAAGUUAAACACAAAAUACUAUUGAAUAAUCAGACGACUGCAAUCAAAUCUAAGGAGUCGGAUACUAUUUUGGAAGCUCAGUCAACACGUUGGUCCGAAGAUGAUAUUGAAAAGACAGCUUUUUCACGAGGAGAAGAAGAGAAAGAAAGAGGAGCAGGAAUAAGCGAUGAGAUGAAUUCAACAGUUGAAUUUCACCAAGUAUCUUCUACAGAAGCAGUCACACCGUCCAACAGUGAUGGUACAGAAUUAAUGUUGGAACAAUUUAGCAAAAAGGAACUUAUUGCAUUGGUGAAAGAUUUAUCCGAAAAAUUCUUUGAAUCAAAAGGUGAAUUAAUUGAACAAGAGGCACGUUUAAGAGCUGAAAUGUGUGAUAAUCUAAAUCAACAAAUCAUUGAUUUUGAAAAUAAGUUUGAGGAACUAUUAAAAUCUCGAGAAAAUUAUCUCUAUGAAGAGUCGAAUACACGUAUGCGUAAUAUUAUUAACUCAGUGAAUCAACUUCAGGCAGCGUACCAAAGUAAUCAUCCUAAACGUUUAUGCCCCGACGAUUCAGAAGUCAGUAGUGAUGAGGAUAUAUCGGAUACAGAAAAUGAUGGUAAAGAUUAUUCCAGUGUUAAUGAAAACCGUCGUCAGGAAGUUCGAGACUGUUGUUCAGCACAAACAUUGAAAAUAACUCAACUAACUAAAACACUAAAAGAUUCAGAAGAUCGUGUAGCAGAGCUAGAAAGUGAUUUGGCUGAACAAAAAGACGUUAUUGAAAAUCUUAUGCGUGAAGUAGAUCGUUUACGUGUAGAGAGUCGGCGGUUAGAGUUUACAAUUGUUCAGCAACAGCAGACAAAUACUUUCAAUAAUACUUCAUCUAAAGUAGCUGAUUUAGACGAUUCCUGCAUCACUAUCAAUUUGGCAAAAUUGACGUUGCCAUCAUCAACAUUUGUGACUAAAACGGAUCAUUCGAUGGAUAAAUUUGAGUCAUUUUCAUUUCAUAAAAGUUCUACACCACAGAAAAACGCUACAAAGAAAGCUACAACACCUCAAGUCGAUGAUGAGGACGACGAGGAGGAGGAGGCUCCUUUAACUGUCGUCAAAGGUAAUUAUAGACUGUUGACGAAGGAGACCACCAUCACCACCACCACCAAUGACAAACCCUGUCUUACAAUUCAUUCACCAAUUCUGCAUGAAAAAGCUCUUCAAAGUAUCCAUGAAGAUGAAGUGAAGAUUAUUCAUCCGAAAAAUAAAUACAUCAUCAGUGAUGCCCGAGAAAGUAGAAUUAGUGAAGGUUUACAAUCAUUUUUGGAGCAUGAAGCAAGUAUUCAAAAUCAAGAAGCACUUGAACGAUUACGACGUCAAAUUUAUGAAAUUGAAGAGAAAUUCGCCAAUAAACAUGAUGCUUUGGUAAAGAGUGAAACAGCUUUCAAUGAAUUGAAAACUCGGUAUGAUGAUCUAUCACAGAGAUUUGUCACACAAGCCAAUGAUUUACAACAUUCAACUUCAGAAUUAGCCAAACUGAAACAAUUACAUCAGAAAGAAUUAGAAGCCUACAAUAUUGAUGCACAAAAGCGUAUAGAUGAAUUGAAGGCUGAUUUGAAAACUGCACUGGAUCGUAAUGCUGAAUAUUUAUCACAUAUCCCAGAGAUUAAUAUUGCCUUACAGACAACAUUCAAUAGCGAACCAAGUAUUCUGUCCGAUUCAAUAUCUAUUCAAACGUCAGUGUAUCAAAUGAAUGAUUUAUCAAUUCAGGUUUGUCCAGUCAAUCUAGAUGUGUCUAUUCAAACAGACCAGCUCAAAUCUAUAGAAAAUUUAAAACCUAAAUUGGAUUGUAGUAAGCCUACGGCUGCUGCCGCAGCUCGCAACAACAGCAACAACCACAACAACCGAUGUAAUGAAGAGUUGAAUGAUGAAAGUGAUAGUAUGUGUAUAACAACAUCAGAACAUCAUCAGCAGCAGCAGCCAGUUGUGAAACGCAAUCUGAGAAAUAAUAAUAAUAACAGUACUACAACUUCACGUUUACAGCUUAAAAUAAAUCGUGGACGAUUGACGCAUAGAUUUGGACCACCGCCUAAAGUCCCUGAAGCCCCAUCGCCAAUUGUUUCUUUAUGCCUAUCAGAUAGUGAAUUAGAGAUAAGCGGCGGUAAUUCACGUGGUGGUGGUCGUGGUGGUAAUCAACAAAUGGAUAAAGAAAAUUUGAAUACAACUUGUGAAACAGACAAUAGUGACGACGAUCGUGAUCAUGAAGAUCAUGAUGAUGAUGUUAGCGAUAAUGGUGAUGACGACGAUGAAGUCCAGAGUUGUAAAUCUGAACCUAUAGGCGGUGGCAAUACACGUAGACAACAUACACGUCGUAAUAAUAAUAAUACCAAAAAGUUUGAAAAAGCCUCUACAACAAAAAGAACAACAAGACAACGGAGAAAACAAACACAUUCAUCAAAUACUUCUAGUACUGGUAUUGUACUACAUCGACGUCUUCCACCUUUAGCAGAAUCUACUCAACUACUCCCUGAUUCAAUGUUUCAAGAUGAACUUGAUGAAGCUUUAAUGGAAGCAGAUAUUGAAAUUAAAAAGGUGGAACAACGUAAUCUUAGACAAUUGAAUUUACGGCAAGCACCUAGACGAAGACGUUAAAUAUAUAUUUUGGUGUUUUCUGCCCGCUUCUCUUCUCUUCUUUUCUGUCUUUUGUUUUCAUACCUAUAUAUAUAAUAUAUUAUUUUUGUUCAUAAUUCCUAUUCAUAUUGUACAUAAAUUGUGCCCCCUUUUUUUUAGUUUUUAAAAAAAAAGGAUCAUCCUUUGACAUUUUGUUCCUUGAUUAGUUUAUUGGUUAAUUUUUUUUUUCAUUCAAGGGAAAGUAUUUCAUAAUCCUUCCACCUAUUCAUCCAUCCAUCCCUCCAUCCAUCCACCCACCCACCCCCAUCGUCAUCAGCGGUGGUUGAUGUCUAUAGACGAAAAGAUUCAGUUAUUAUUAUUAUUAUUACUGUUUUUUCUUUUGGUAUUUCUUUUACUAUUGUUCUUCUUCUUUCUCAGUGUCUUCGGUGCAGUUACUUUGUUUUAUCUCUGGAUGCACUCUACGCAUACGAUUGUUUUAUUAUCCAUCGCGCUCUCUCCCUCGCUCUCUCUACCUACAUAUAAUAAUUCAUUUCUUCAUAA